AAAACAAAUAGGCAAACCAAAAACGAUGGACCUGAGGGAGUAUGCGUGAGUUUGAGGGGCAUGAGUAUGUGUAUGAGUGUGCCUGCCUUUCUCUCUUCCUUAUUUGCCUCGGCGUGCCUCUCUACCCGCACCCUCCCCCCGGCCUCAAUUAUAUUUCCCCAGACUUGGAAGCCGCUGCCUGAGCUGACGCUUUGAUCAUAUCUGCAUGCGUUUGUGCUGAUCUUACUUCGCCCCCCUGAAUAUUAAUUCCCGAAGCUGGUAGCAAUGCAUCUCCCCAGUGACGGGACCCACUAGAGCCAGGUGGGGGGUAGCCACCAUCAGAUCAUAGCUUAAUAAUAAUACAAAGGGGAGGGAUUCUUCAGCAACCGAGGGGAAAGAGGCCAAAGGAGGAAAAAACAAAGCGAUGAGUUCGCCAAAUAUAUGGAGCACAGGAAGCCUAGUCUACUCGACUCCUGUAUUUUCCCAGAAAAUGACGGUGUGGAUUCUGCUCCUGCUAUCGCUCUACCCCGGGCUCAGUAGCCAAAAAUCCGAUGAUGACUAUGAAGAUUAUGCUUCUAACAAAACAUGGGUCUUGACUCCAAAAGUUCCUGAGGGUGAUGUCACUGUCAUCUUAAACAACCUGCUAGAAGGAUAUGACAAUAAACUGCGACCUGAUAUAGGAGUGAAACCAACAUUAAUUCAUACAGACAUGUAUGUGAAUAGCAUUGGUCCAGUGAAUGCUAUAAAUAUGGAAUAUACGAUUGAUAUUUUUUUUGCCCAAACAUGGUAUGACAGACGUCUGAAAUUUAACAGCACCAUUAAAGUCCUCCGACUGAAUAGUAACAUGGUGGGAAAAAUCUGGAUUCCAGACACUUUCUUCAGAAACUCCAAAAAGGCUGAUGCCCACUGGAUAACCACCCCCAACAGGAUGCUGAGAAUUUGGAAUGAUGGUCGAGUGCUCUACACUCUAAGGUUGACAAUUGACGCUGAGUGCCAAUUACAGUUGCACAACUUCCCAAUGGAUGAACACUCCUGCCCCUUGGAGUUUUCUAGUUAUGGCUAUCCACGUGAAGAAAUUGUCUAUCAAUGGAAGCGCAGUUCUGUUGAAGUGGGUGACACAAGAUCAUGGAGGCUUUAUCAAUUUUCAUUUGUUGGACUGAGAAAUACCACUGAAGUAGUGAAGACAACUUCUGGAGAUUAUGUGGUCAUGUCUGUCUACUUUGACCUGAGCAGAAGAAUGGGGUACUUCACCAUCCAGACAUACAUUCCCUGCACACUCAUCGUCGUCCUGUCGUGGGUGUCUUUCUGGAUCAAUAAGGAUGCUGUUCCAGCGAGAACUUCUUUGGGUAUCACAACAGUUCUCACAAUGACCACCCUCAGCACCAUUGCCCGGAAAUCGCUCCCCAAGGUCUCUUAUGUCACAGCGAUGGAUCUCUUUGUUUCUGUUUGCUUCAUCUUUGUCUUCUCUGCUUUGGUGGAGUAUGGCACCCUACAUUAUUUUGUCAGCAACCGGAAACCAAGCAAGGACAAAGACAAAAAGAAGAAAAACCCUCUUCUUCGGAUGUUUUCCUUCAAGGCUCCCACCAUUGAUAUCCGCCCAAGAUCAGCGACCAUUCAAAUGAACAAUGCCACACACCUUCAGGAGAGAGACGAAGAAUACGGAUAUGAGUGUCUGGAUGGAAAGGACUGUGCCAGUUUUUUCUGCUGUUUUGAAGACUGUCGAACAGGGGCUUGGAGACAUGGGAGGAUACAUAUCCGUAUUGCCAAAAUGGACUCAUAUGCUCGAAUCUUCUUCCCUACUGCUUUCUGCUUGUUCAAUCUGGUUUAUUGGGUAUCCUAUCUUUACCUGUGAAGGGGAAGGGGGAACACUGAUAAUGGGUCUUAUUCACUGAAUCUCAUGAAGAGAAAAUGUCCUAAGUUCAUUUAAAGUACUCUCCUAUGUGGUUUAUAAUGAUCCAAAUGUGCAUUUAUGUCCAAACCUGGUAAACUGUAUUAAUGUCAUAUUUUUUGUGCCCAACUCUCCUUUGGUUAGUGUACUUUGCAAUUUAGUGUUGGCUAUGUUUAAAACCUGCAAGGCAAAGUGAAAUUGGAGCAGGAGCAUUGAAACCAAACAAGAUAUUAUUUAGCUACAGCAAUUGAAAUAGUGAAAGCCAUGACUAUUUACAGUGUGAUAUCCCAAUUCAUAAUACAUUUAGAUGCAAAAAUGUCCAAGAGAUGUAACCUAAGUUAACUUGGGGCCAAGUUCUCGUAAAUUGGAUCCCAAUAGAAUUAACUCCUUGGGAAGAACCACCACUCACAUUAAAUAUAAGAGCCUAGACUAGAACUGUAAUGCACCUCAAUCCAAGUUGGGAGAAAAUUCUCCCCCACACCACAUGUACAAUGAUGUAAAUAUUUCAGUAGUUUAGAAUGCUUUAAGUUUAAUGCAUGCAUCUCUUUAGAUCCAAAAUAAAUGGAUUGGCAUUCCAAUCAUAAAGUAUUGUCUUUUAUUUUGUGUCUUUGAGAUAAAAAGGAAUCAUGAAUGUAACUUUAAGGGUCUGAGUUUAGAAUUGGAGGGAGGAAUUUUUUCCACAUUUUCGAUCAUGCAUGAGGAAUCAAACAGCCUAAUUUUUCUUGUAUGAUAUAUUGCAACACUUUAAGUAAAAUAUAGAUUGAAUAAUCAACAUUUGCCACCUCUAAAUAUGCCCACUGUCAUAGCUAGGGUACAAAGUAAUUGUGCUUGCUGCUAUUUUUCUAACUUUUUGGAUGAUAGAUUGUAGUACAACUUAGUCUCUAUGUCAAGAUCUGCUUCUAGUGAUUGUGAGUGCCUUGUGGGCAGAAUCUUUGUCAUUUCUUCUUUGGGUCCUUGUCACCUUGCACAGUGCCUGGCACAGAGUUGGUGCUCAGUAAAUGUGGUUUGAACUGAAUUGACCUUAUAUACUCUGGUGAAUCUCUCAGUUCUGACAUCUUUUCACAUAGGCAUUAAAUGAUUUUGAUUUUGUGGAAAUUACAUGAAGGAUCCAAAGAACUUUGGCUAUUUGUGUUCAUUGUCAAAAAUUUAUUUUAGGCAGAGUUCAUACUCCUUCUUAAAACCAUACUUGUUUGUGCAAAGAAAUGACUCUUCUAGGGCAUAUUUAGAGUUUGUGCAUUGCAUUGUUUUUCCAGGGUUGGGAAUGAAUCAUCAUGGACCCAUCCACAAUUGUGCUUGUGGACAUAGGACAGACAUAAUAAGCAAGCUUCAUACCUGACUUGUGUUCAGAAUGUAGUUUAUAUAUAUAUAUAUAUAUAUAUAUAUAUAUAGAGAGAGAGAGAGAGAGAGAGAGAGAGAAGAAUAUAUAUAACCAUAUAUAUAUAUACGGAUUAAAUAAAAGAAUAAAAGAAUAAAUGGAUGACUUACAAGGAGAUGAGUUUAUGGCUGUGGCCUCAUUAAACCACAUUGUAAUCAAGUGAAGGGGCUGUUCCAAACUUCAAGUAUGAUGAGUUGAGCCCCAUCUUCAUGUAUUAAUCCUGCAUUUUAAUUUUUCUAAGCACCCUUUGUCAAUUCUUUCUUAUGACAAUAGUUGCUCUAAGUCAGAAUUAAUUCAUAGCUAGUAUAAACUUUAUAGAUCAUCUAAAAACAGUAGAAAAAAGGAGAGAGUGGCUUUGUUAAUAUAAAACCAUUGUCAUCAUCAAGUCAUCUGGAUGAAUCUUGAAACACAUUUAGCUGCCAACCUUACAAACCAGUGCUCUAUAUAUACCAGUGCUCUAGUAUAUAACCUCAAACACAUGUAAAUAGAAUGAAUUAUUUUCUUGUUUUGGUCAAGAUAAUAAAUGUUGACUUUUGGGAGAGUUGUUGGCAAAUUUCACUGGUGAGAAACAUAUUAUUGUCGAUUCAAACUGUGUUCUGUAAUGAGGACACUCAAAAAGCUAGCUUUCCAAUGUGUGCAUAGUAUUGGCAAUACAAAUAUAUAUUAUAUGUAAUCUAAUUCUUAAUUAUCAGCUGCGCCCUAUGUAUUUGAAAACCUUUUCACAAAGGAAUUGCCUAACAUGUGGGCUUUUACAAUAAAAAUGCUGCAUUUUAAACCAU